AAACAUGACUACCGUCGUGUUUCUGACGAAAACAAUAAAAUUGCGUUAGUGUAGUGAUCAUAAGAUAUUUAAGUGUGUUUAAACAAUAGUUUUUUUUUUGUAUUAAAAUUUUAAAACAACUUUUUAAAAGUUGUUUUAUGUGAUUUUAUUCUAGAGAGUUCUUCACAGAUUAUUCUUUUGAUCCAGAAUAUAUUAAAAAUAGAAACACAGCUGACAAGAUGUGUGACCGCAAGGCGGUGAUCAAGAAUGCCGACAUGAGCGAAGAGAUGCAGCAGGAUGCAGUAGACUGUGCAACACAAGCACUUGAGAAAUUUAAUAUAGAAAAAGAUAUAGCGGCGUAUAUCAAGAAGGAGUUUGACAAGAAAUACAACCCGACAUGGCACUGCAUCGUGGGCCGCAACUUCGGCUCGUACGUGACGCACGAGACGCGCCACUUCAUCUACUUCUACCUCGGUCAAGUCGCCAUCCUCCUGUUCAAGAGCGGUUAAGCCGUGCGCCCCUCUUGCUCUCUAAAUUUUUUGUUGUUAGCAGCGGACAUAGUAUUACGCUCGCUCGGCCCGCUUGACGCUCGGCACGCCAGCGUGCUAGCCAGCGUGCCAGCGUGUCAGCGUGCCAGCGUGCGAGCGGGCGGCCGAGCGUUGAGCGGGCGGACGGGCGGGCGGCCGAGCGUGUUCCCUGGAUACUGUUCGUGUGGCGUGCGUCGAACCACUUCACUUAGUCCCCGGCGCACUCGGUGUAUGUUUGUACUGUGUUAGUUAAUAUACUUAAGGUUCCACGUGACUCGGCAACAUUCACAUUUAGUGUAUUUAUAUUAAUGAAAAUUUUAGUUGUUAAUUGUAGAGUUUUAUUCCUAAAUAUCUAGCAUAGCGCGCAAGCUAUAUAUAUAUUGUACUUAUGUAUCUAAAUUGUUUCGUUUCUUUGUUGAUACAUUCACUGGAGAUAUUUUCAAUACUUCUCUAAUUAUUAAACUUUCUUACAAACCAAA